GGCGGGGCCGGGAGCGGAGCCGGAGCCGAGCUCAGAAGUCCAGGCGCUCACAGCGAUGGGCCGUGGGUCUCUGAGGGCUCCAGGGUCGUCGCCGCCAGCUUGGCUGCUGCUGCUGCUGCUACUGCGACUACCGAUGUCGGUGUGGGGGGCCGAGGCGUUCCGCGGAAACACCCCCGGAGAGCCAGUCACCCCUCUCUGGGUCCUGGACGGAGGAGCCUGGCGCUUGGUCACCCUGGAGGAGCCGGUCUUGAAGCUCGACACGGGGCUGGUAGCCUUGGAGGCUGGAGGGCAGGAGCUCCUCCUGGAGUUGGAGAAGAACCACAGGCUGCUGGCCGCAGGAUACACAGAAACCCACUACAGCCCAGAUGGGCAGCCAGUGGUGCUGGUCCCCAACCAGAGGAAUCAUUGCCAUUACCAUGGGCACGUGAGGGGCUUCCCGGACUCCUGGGUAGUCCUGAGCACCUGCUCUGGGAUAAGGGGUCUGAUCACGCUCAGCAGCAAUGCCAGCUAUUAUGUGCAUCCCUGGCCAGCUGGGGAUGCCCAGGGUGCCUCAACCCACAGGAUCUUCUGGACUGAGCAGCUACUUAGCUGGAAAGGGGCCUGUGGCCAUAAGGAUCCUGAAGACAAAAAGAACAUGACCAGCCUUCCUCCUGCCACCCAGAUCAGGGACUGGCGGGAAGCCCAGCGAAGCCCGAAGCACCUAGAGCUGUACAUAGUGGCGGACCACGCCCUGUUUGUGACCCAGCACCGGGACUUAAACCACACCAAACAGCGGCUUCUGGAGAUCGCCAACUACGUGGACCAGAUUCUCAGGACCCUGGACAUUCAGGUGGCGCUGACCGGCCUGGAAGUAUGGACCGAGCAGGACCAGAUCCGCAUCACGCCGGACGCGAACAACACGCUCUGGGCUUUCCUGCGGUGGCGCCGGGGGCUGUGGGGGCGGCGGCCACACGACUCCACGCAGCUGCUCACGGGCCGCGCUUUCCGGGGCGACACCGUGGGCCUGGCACCCGUGGAAGGCAUGUGCCUCGUAGAGAGCUCUGGAGGCGUAACCGCGGAUCACUCGGAGCUCCCCAUCGGCGCUGCAGCUACCAUGGCCCACGAGAUAGGCCACAGCCUCGGCCUCAGCCACGACCCCGACGGCUGCUGCGUAGGGGAGGCAGCGGAGCCAGGCGGCUGCGUCAUGGCAGCAGCCACGGGGCACCCGUUCCCCCGCGUGUUCAGCGCCUGCAGCCGCCGCCAGCUGCGCGCCUUCUUCCGCAAGGGGCGCGGCUCGUGCCUCUCCAACCCGCCGGGCUCCGGGCUCCCGGUGCGGCGGGCGCGCUGCGGCAACGGCUUCGUGGAGGACGGCGAGGAGUGCGACUGCGGCGCCGGCCAGGAGUGCCCCGACCCCUGCUGCUUCGCGCACAACUGCUCGCUGCGAGCGGGGGCCCGGUGCUCCCGCGGGGACUGCUGCGCGAGCUGCCAGCUGAAGCCGGCGGGCGCGCCGUGCCGUCGGGCUGCGGGAGACUGUGACCUCCCUGAGUUCUGCACGGGCGCCUCUCCGCACUGCCCCCCCGACAUUUACCUCCUGGACGGCUCGCCCUGCGCCAGCGGCCGUGGCUACUGCCUGGACGGCGCGUGCCCCACGCUUGAGCAGCAGUGCCAACAGCUCUGGGGACCCGGCUCCCGCCCAGCACCGGAGGCCUGUUUCCACGUGGUGAACUCGGCAGGAAACGCCCACGGCAACUGCGGGAGGGAUGAGGAGGGCAGCUACGUGCCUUGUAUGCAGAGGGAUGCGCAGUGCGGGAAGCUGCAGUGCCAGGGCGGGGAGCAGAGCCCACUGGCACCACACACGAUGCCGGUGGACUCUACCCUCCGCCUGGACGGCAGGGAGGUGACUUGCAGAGGGGCCUUCCUGCUACCGGGUGCCCAGCUGGACCUGCCUGACUUGGGCCUGGUGGAGCCAGGCACCCAGUGUGGGCCUACAAUGGUGUGCCAGGACAGGCGCUGCCAGAACACUACCUUUCAGGAGUUGGAGCUCUGUCUGACCGCCUGCCAUGGCCAUGGGGUUUGCAACAGCAACUAUAACUGCCACUGUGAUCCUGGCUGGGCUCCACCCUCCUGCGACAAGCGGGGGGCGGGUGGCAGCCUGGACAGUGGCCCUGUGCAGCCAGAAAACCAGGACGCCUUCCUGCUGGCAGUGAUCUUUAGCUUCCUACUGCCUCUGCUUCCUGGGGCCGGCUUGGCCUGGUGCUGCUACCGGCAGCGCGGAUCCCAGCUUCAGCACGGCCUGUGCAGCUCAAGGAGGGCCAGUGGCAGGUCAAGUCCAGAAGCCAAGAUCCAGUCUCUGGCGAGCGGGGGAUCUGAGAUGAGGACACUUAAAAACAGGUGGCUACUGACACUUGGACCGCCAGGGGCAGAGUCAGCAAGUCAGCUGACCGGUACCUUCAGGCAGCUUGCAAGUUUCUUCCCCGAGUUACCUCCGCCCUACCCGCUCCAGGACCCCAGAGCCUCAUCAGAGUUUGCCCAGUGCUCUCUGUUCUUUAGGGCUGGAUCAUGCCAGCCCAAGAAUGCAUCUGUUAUGUAAAACUUCCCAGGUCUGAGAGACCAAAGAAAGAGGCGACAACUCCAUCAUUACCAGAGUUUAUUAAGGGAACAUAUACAAGGUACAUCUUGGGCAGCGGCAAGACCAAGUGGAUAUCCACCACACCAUGCGGCAGCCGCUAAAGGGUUGUAUAGACGGGCAGGAUGGAUAGGGGUGCUGGGCGUAACCCACCCAGGUAAGGGGGAAAGGCCUUACACGCUUGCCCAGGGAAGGGCGAGGGCCUGUUCCAGGAACCAGCAUGCCUGGGACAUGGAGAGGGGCGAUCAGUCUCUGAGGGGACUUAUGGGAAGCAAUCUCUGUUCUGACCCAGAGGAUCUGGCAGUGGUCAGGAAGCGCUCAUGUCAUGGAACAGUCUCUCCUUCACACCAUCCGUCCAGGGAACGAAGCUCACAUCGUCACUGACUUCCUGUCACGGGGUUGGGGUGGGGGGUAGAUCACAUGGGAGAGGCCUCUAACUGGGGAUGUGUGCUACAUGCAGCUCUGCAGAGGGCAGUGUCUGCUGGGCCAGAGCCUGGACUCGGGGACCCUACAUU